AUGAAUCUUGCCAAAUAUAAAAUCCCAUUGCGCAAUGCUGAGGAAGUACUCAAUACCCACAAUGAUGCCAAUAGGAAAUCUGGAACUAAAAAGAAGCUUUGCAUCAAGGUAUGUCCAGCUGGUCACAAGUAUGAGGUGGUGAAUUUGUGUAACGGAUUGCUUUGCUUGUCUAAACCAUUCAUCAAUGACCCUGUUGUUGUGUGCAACCCAAUAACCAGUGAGUUUAUACACCUUCCUGAAGUUUUUAAGCUCGAGUAUGUAAAGGGAUCUAUUGAUUGUGGAUUUGGUUUCAGUCCAAAGACUAACCAGUACAAGGUGAUAAGAAUCUCUGAGCAAGGAACACUGGAUCCCUUUAAGGCAGCUGAGGUAUACACACUUGGGACAGGCUCAUGGGAAUGUUUAGGUUUUGCUCCCUUCUUAAAAAAUAAAGUAGAAUUCACCACCUAUCUGAAAGGAGCGCUUUAUUGGUUUUGCCAUUGGCUUUCAUCGCCCUAUAUAGAUUCUUCUGACUUGGACACUGGGAGUUUUCAGUCAGUGCAGCCACCUCCUUUUGAACUGCAAAGAGAGCAUCGGGUUAGUAUGGGAGUUUUAGGUGACUGCCUUUGUGUAUGUGAAGUGGCUUUUAUGUAUCCUGUGUAUGUGCGGGUAAUGAAAGAGUGUGGUGAAGAAAAAUCUUGGACGAAAAUAUUUUCUAUUGAUCCAGGUUGUCAUGAGGAGUGGCCUUAUGGCUUAUAUCAACCGAUGAAAAGCUUUGAAAAUGGGGGAUUUCUAAUGUUUCAUUCUAGUAAAUACAAGCUGCUGGGAGAGACUAGAGCUCUGUCUUUGGAGGAAGAACAAAUUCUCAGUUGCUUUCCAAAGGAAGUGAAGAAGGAAAUAACCUCAGAGGUGGUGUCGAUGUCGUAUAGAAGGCAAUGUGAACUCGAAGAGGUGACAAGAUUGCAAGCUGCUGGGAGACAGGAGCUCUUUUCUUUUUUGGUGGCAGGAAAUAAGGUCUGGUAUCAACAUCAAAUAGGUCCUCAAUGCAGUGUCAAUUGUCAAUCUACAGGUACAGGGAUGAGAUGUAGGUGA